AUGGAUGAUUGCGGUGCGCUGCAUGAACUGUGGAGCGAUCCCGAAACGAUGAAGUACAUCGGCGCGGGAGGUGUCUGGACACGCGCACAGAUCGAGGAGCGCCUGCAGCGCGCGAUGCGAACACAGCAAGAGCACGGCAUGACCUUCUGGACGAUCAUCGAAAGAGCCUCGGGAUCGAUCAUCGGUCAAGGGGGACUGGUCCCGAUCGAGUUCGAUGGUCCCGAGAUCGAGCUUGGGUAUCGGCUGGGGAAGGACCACUGGGGCAAGGGGUACGCGACAGAGAUCGCGCGUGCAUCAGCGGCAUACGGCUUCGAUACACUCGGAGUCGAUGAGCUUGUCGCCGUGUGCUACGAAGAGAAUCUGCCAUCAAGGCGUGUGCUCCUUAAAGCUGGAUUUCAGGAGGUCAUCCUCCACAUCUCAACGCGAUUGAUCCUCGGCGGAUCCCAAGAGAACACGGUCCUCUCUUGCAUGGGGCAGUCCCGGUUGGGUCACGAGGUGCAUCUCGCGUUCGGACCGAUCUUUGGUCCAGAGGGAUCGCAUCGCAAGACGAUCGAGCGAUUUAAUGAGCGUGUGCGCUCUGGUGAAGAAUCCGAUCUCGCGAGCGAGGUGGUGAUGCACGAACUCCCCAAUAUGGUGCGCGAGAUCCAUCCGAUCAAGGACCACUUCUGUUUCCAUGAUGAUCUCAAGAACUUGAUGAAAUCGGUUCGUCCCGAUGUCGUGCAUACGCACUCGUCCAAAGCGGGGAUCCUGGGACGAUGGGCGGCGUGGAAGUACAUGAAGAAUGCGGGCAAGCCCGUCGCGGUGGUGCACACGAUUCAUGGUCCGCCGUUCAUGCCGAUCGAGGGGUCAAUCCUGAACAAACUCAAGGUCGGGUUCAAGAACUGGAUCUACACGCUCGCGGAACGAUUCGCGGCGAAGCGCUGUCAGAUCAUCGCAUCCGUCGCAGAUGCGAUGACAGAGCAGUUCCUCGAUCGCAGAAUCGGGAAGAAGAACCAGUACAUCACGGUGCGCUCCGGGAUGGACACUCAGCAAUACACCAACCCACUCCCCAACGAGGAUCGUGACUCGAUGCGCCACGAGCUCGGAUUCAGCGAAGACGACUUCGUGAUCGGAACAGUCGCUCGAUUAGCGCAGCACAAAGGUCACGACGACAUCCUCGAUGGACUGGGUGAUGAUCUGCGGAACAAUCCAAGCUGGAAACUACUCUGGGUCGGGAACGGCUGGUGGACGGAUCGGCUCAUGGAUCGCGUGCGUGAGAUGGGAUUGCAAGAUCAGGUCGUGCAUACGGGACUCGUCGCACAACCUCGCGUCGCGGCGAUGAUGCGCGCGAUGGAUGUGCUGCUGCAUCCGAGUUAUCGCGAGGGACUUCCCAGGACAGUGCCGCAGGCGCUGCUGUGCGGAGUCCCGGUGGUCGCGAGCGAUACGGAUGGAACCCCUGAGGUGUGUCUCGAUGCACGCGCCAAUCCGGAGCACGGCACAGGGUUAUUGGUGCGCGUCGGAGACUCCGAUGGGAUCCGCAAAGCAAUCCGAUGGAUGCACACUCAUCCUGAGCAGCGACGACUGGUUGGACACCACGGGCGUGUGAUGUGCGAGCAGAUGUUCAGCACUGAUGCGAUGAUCGAGGCGCUUGAGGGUGUGUACGAGGACGCGAUCCGCUAG